CCUUCAGUUACCCUAUUCCUUAUUUUUAGAACCCCUUAUUGAGAUCCCCUGCCCUUGGGAACUUUCCUUGAAACCAGAUUCUUCCCCCUGUGCCCUGAGAGGGAGACAAGAGGAGGACUGAUGAUCUGGGGAAGUGCAGCUGAUGUUCUUUCUGCCUCAAAAUUACCUCAUUUGAUGUCUCCUGAUCUGCCUGGGAAGCUUGGGACUGGGCAGCAGGAUGUUCUCUGGCCCUUCUGACUGGUUUGGGUGAUGGAAAGGGGUUUUUAUGCCCCACAGGGCCACUGUGUAUCUGGCUGGGGCUUCUUGCUGUAGGAGGGCCCAGUCUCCUGGCUCCCUGCUGAAAAUAGCUGGGGACUCCCAUGCCCUCGGGCCACAGCGCCAGAAAUUGUUGGCUGAUGAGAGAGGGACAUAAAACCACGGGGAGCCAGGAGCGGCUGCGGCCGGGCAGGAACGCUGCCCUGCAGGAAUGCUGCCCUGCAGGAAUGCUGUCAGGGAGGAAAGCUGCUUUCCCAGCCCGCUGCCUUCCCCGCUCACUGCUGCGGCUGCUGGGGUGGGUUUUUCUAUUUCUGUUUGUGAAAAGGCUUCCCCUGUAAUUACGAGGUGAUUUAACGCCUUGUCUGAGCUGUUGCUGUCGUUCACAGCUGCCGGACACAGAACUGGGCAGGCUCUCGGCAGGGACUCCUCAGCCCAGCAAAGUUACUCUUUGAGCCAGUCACACCUCAGGCAGCCUUCAUCAGUGUCUCUUCCUCACUUCAAAAUGUCCCUCUCGCACACGGCUGCUGAGUACAUGCUCUCUGAUGCUCUGCUCCCGGAUCCCAGCAGCUCCCGAGCCAAGGGCUUGCGGCUGGAGCUGCCAAGCGAUCGCCUGCUGAAGUUUGUCACCGUGGGGCUGCCCCUCUUCCUCGUCUCACUGGCUUUCGCCCGGGAGUUCUCUGCUGGCUCCCAGAUCAGCUGCUUCUCUCCCACCAACUUCACGGGGAAGCAGUCCGCCUACACCGACACAGCUUGCUGGGACUCCCUCAUCCACCAUGGCUUCGACGCCAAGGGACGUGCCAUCACCAAGUCCCUCUGGGCUCUGAAGGUCUUCCCCUACUCACUGCUGGUGGUGGCGGUGCUGAUGUACCUGCCGUACCUGCUGUGGCGUUACGCUGCCGCUCCCGCCCUGCACUGCGACCUCCUCUUCAUCAUCGACGAGCUGGAUAAAUCCUACAACCGCUCCGUGCGCCUGGUGCAGCACAUGAAGAAGGUCCAGCAGGCCAGUGCCGAGCCGGAGCAAUUCUGGGAGGAGUACGAGAGGGCCCGCGAAGAGAGGUAUUUCGAGUUCCCAUUGCUGGAGCGGUACCUGACCUGCAAGCAGCACACCCACGCGCUGGUGUUCAUCUACAUCCUGAGGAACCUGCUGCUGCUCCUGUUCUUGGCUGCCACCUGUCUCUACCUGGUCUUUCUCCACCUUAACAUCUUCUUCCAGGAUGAGUUCAGCUGCUCCAUCAAAACGGGGUUGCUCCAAGCGGAGCCACACAUCCCAUCGCUCAUCCCUUGCAAGCUGGUCUUCUUCUCCGUGUUCCAGCUCAUCAGCCUCUCAGUUGGCAGUGUCUAUGUCCUCCUCAUCCCUGUUGUCAUCUACAAUGCCCUGCAGCUCUGCCAGUGGGACAAGGGACUGCUCUCUGUCUAUGAGAUGCUGCCUGCCUUUGACCUGCUCAGUCGCAGGAUGCUCACCUGCCCCCUCAACGACCUCAACGUCAUCCUUCUCUUCCUCCGUGCCAACAUCUCCGAGCUGACCUCCUUCAGCCGCCUCAAUGCCGUCAGCGCCCUGAGGGAAGCCACUGCCAACAAGGAGGACAUCGAUACCGUCAUCGAUUUCAUGACGCUGCUGGCUGGGCUGGAGACCACCAAGCCCAAACACCAAGCUUGCACCCCCGAGGCCAAAGGCAGUCCAGCCCUCUCCAAUGGUGCAGCCCUAGAACCAAAGCCUGGAGUGGAAACGAUGGGAAAAGCCUCACGGGACUCACUUGGCUCUGCCUGAUCCUGAAGAAGGCAGCAGACAGGGAUCCUGUGAUCCCUGGAUCCACUUCUCUGACACAGCUGUACUGCAGCAGCUGGGCUGAACCUUCCUGCACCUGGCCUUUCCCUUCAUGUGUACAUUUUUCCAGCAAAAAAAAGGGUUAAAUAAUCCGUGUUUUGUGUA